AUGAACCUAUUCAAAACCUUUUUUUUCGAUGUCCUUGUCUACUGCAGCCUGGCAAUGGCACUGGCAAUACCAAAAGUGGAAGAUAUUGAAAGAAGAGGUGAAACAUCGACGUCAACUAGUAAGUGUUCACCGUUUGUUUGGACUACUAAUACAUUAACCAAUACUUUUUAUUCCACAGAUGUGGACGGAAAUGUUUUAACUUCUUACGAAACACAAACCAUCUCUGGAAGGACUCUUGCACCGUGUGCCUUGUCAUUCCUUCCAACCACUACCAUUCAAACAACGGUUCCUUCAACUACGUUAGUUUCUACUUUUACCCAUUGUGACGAAAACCCACAUUGUACCAGUACAUUUUGGACCACGCCAAUCUGUGCUAGUGAAACCGUCUUUGCUAGUUGUUAUGUUGGGAUUACGGAACUAUUCCAAGAGAAUGGAUACACCGCUUCUGUUUCUACCACUUCUUGUAAUUCUCCACCUGGUGCCACCGGUUCUUUCCAAUGUCAUGAAACCACAGCGAGAAUUGGUUUAGAUGGUGUUUCCUCUACCUUCACCGUAACAAAUUGUGAUAUUGCUGAUUUCACAUGUGUUACAUUAAGCUCUGGGAUUUCUUCUUCAUAUACUCCGACAACUACUCCACUGCCAUCUACUCAAUUUUCCACUCCAUUCUCUACUCCAUCGUCUUCUACUCUAUCUUCCACCCCAUUAUCUUCUAAUCCGCCAUCUUCCACUUUAUCAUCUACUUCACCAUCAUCUACUCCAUUAUCUUCAACUUCAUCAUCUACUCUAUUUUCUACUGCAUCAUCGUCUACUUCAACACCUUCCACUCCAUUCUCUACUCCAUCAUCGUCUACUCUAUCUUCCACCCCAUUAUCUUCUAAUCCGCCAUCAUCUGUUUCUACAACCUCCUUAACUACAUUCAUUACUGAUUGUGGCUUUUCGAGAGUCCCUGUCACUUGUGUUCCAGGUGUUACGGUUGUUCCAGUUGGUACUAAUGAUGUUUCCAUCAUCACUUAUUCAUGUGCACCACCAGCAGGCAACACAAUUUCGGGGUCCUUUGUUAACUCCCAGUCUGUUACCACAUACUUUAAUGGCAUCACUACGACUGUGGUUACCGUUUCCAAUGCUAUCAUCCCAUCUUUCAGUUGUCCGGCACUAUCACCCUCUUUUACACCAUCAUCUGCUCAAUAUUCUACUUUAGUAACAUCAACUUCUAAAUCCAAAUUGGUUUCUUUAACAUCGUUUCCACCAACAACCACGACAAAGUCUUUAUCAAGCGUUACAGCCUCUUCAUGCGUUCCAGUUCCGAGCACUUCAACUACAAUUAUUACUGACUGUGAUUCCAAUAUGUUAACUGCAAAAUGUGUUGAAGGUGUUUCUGCUACUUUAAUGAAAGAUGUGAUAUUAUGGUUUACCACCACAUCAUGUGCUGUUCCCAAUAAUCUUUCUGGUUCAUUUGGCCCUUCAACUAUGAUAAAAUCGUAUUCUACUGGCGCAAUAGUAACUUCGUUUGAGUUAACGGACUAUGUUAUUCCUUCAUUUGUUUGUCCAAAUUCGAAAUCUUCCAUUGUUGUUCCAAAUAAGUCGGUUGUAACUACUUCUACAACCGCAGUUUUGAAGAUUAGCCAUUGCUCAGAUGAAAGAUGCAGUGAUUCAAAAACUACUCUUGCAUCCACUCCAGUUGCAUCCACUCCAGUUGCAUCCACUCCAGUUGAGUCUACUCCAGUUGAGUCUACUCCAGUUGAGUCUACUCCAGUUGAGUCUACUCCAGUUGAGUCUACUCCAGUUGAGUCUACUCCAGUUGAGUCUACUCCAGUUGAGUCUACUCCAGUUGAGUCUACUCCAGUUGAGUCUACUCCAGUUGAGUCUACUCCAGUUGAGUCUACUCCAGUUGAGUCUACUCCAGUUGAGUCUACUCCAGUUGCAUCCACUCCAGUUGAGUCUACUCCAGCUGGGGUUACGAACACCCCAGCUACUUCUUUUUUUAAUAGUUCAUCUCAAACUCUAGGAUCUUUCAUUACCCCCUCUAUUAAAUCAUCCAAUUUAGCAGGCACACGAAGCACUUCUGUUCCAGCGGAAACAAGUACAAUAUCAUCAUCGACAGUUCCAAAGCAGGUCACUUAUGAAGGUGCAGGUAUCAAAUAUACACCAACUAAUAUGAUAAACCUUGUCUUUGGUGUAGUUAUGGUUGCACUAUAG